GCCGCAGCCGCCUUUUUCGUAAGCUUCUUACUCUUUUUCGUCCCCUUGACAGGAGCUAGAGCAGGAGGCUCAGGCUUGACGACCGGUUCCGGCUCCGGUUCCGGCACCGGUACAGGCUCAGGCUCAGGCUCUUUCACUGGUUCAGGUACAGGUUCAGGUUCUGGAGGGACCUCUGGUUCUGCAUCGAAAUCAUCAUCGAACACGUCCGGGAAGCUCCCCGGGACAGACUCACGCGAGACUUUCUUCUCGGAGAUGGCUUUUUCAAUGACAGCGACAGGCUCCGGCUCCGGCUCUGGCUCCAAGUCUGGUUCUGGUUCUGGUUCUGGUUCUUUCUCUUUCUCUUUCUUCGAUGAAGAUGUGCUCUUUGACGAUAUCUUGGUCUUGGAUAGUUUCUUAGAUGAAGUAGUAGUAGUAGCAGCAGCAGGAGGUUGCUCCCCCGGUGGCUCCGGCGCAGGCGGGGGCACCUCCUUUUUCUCCUUUUCCUUCUCCUUCUCCAGCCUUAGUCGCUCCUUCUUGGCUUGUUCCAACACACGGAUGCGUUCCGCGACUGAGAGCUUGCCAGUUGUCUUGGUCUUGGAUGUCUUCGCUGGCACCGCGGCUGGCGCGGCUGGCUCGUCAACAACAGGCGCGACAGGCGCCUCUGGCUUGGGUUCUUCAUAUACAUCAAUGAGUAGAUCCUCCUCUGCGGGUUUCUUUGGCUCGGGCUCAAGCUCAGGUUCAGGUUCAGGCUUUUUGACCUCCUCUUCCACGACUUUGGUCUUUUCUUCCGACUUGGUCUUUGUAGAUUUGGACUUGGCGCCGGAGACCACCCCCAAGCUGCCCCAGAAGCCUUUCGCCGCUUUGGCAGCAGGUUCCUUGGCUGCCUUGGCUGUCGACUUGGUGUCAAAGGCACCCCAGAUAUCCUCUUCAUUUGGCAAGUUUUCUGGUUCCGGGUUCAAUGCCACGGCUGGCGGAGAUGGCGCCGGGGGGGGAGGUUCAUCUGCGAUCUUGCUCUUCUUGCCUUUCUUUUUCUCUUUGGAGGAGCCCCAGAACCCCCACCCCCCAUCUUCAACAGGCUCUUCAGCAGGCUCUUCAGUGACCGGCUCCGGUACGAGGAUGGGCUCGGGUUCAGGCUCGGGCUCAUGUACAGGCUCCGGUGUAGGCACCGGAUCCGGCUCCAGGAGAUCCACGACUGGUUCAGAGACAGGCUCCGGGGCAGGCGGAGGAACCUCUUUCGCAGGCGGGUCAGCAUCAGGGAAUUUGCCCUCGCGGUCCGGAAUAGGAAGACCCUUUUUCACGAGGGCCUUCUCUCUCCUCUUUCUAUCUUUGGAGUUUAGAUUCACCCAAUUAUCAUAUAGUGGGUCAUCUGGUACAGUUGGUUCCGGUUCAGGUUCAGGCUGGGGUUCUGGUUCAGGCUCCGGCUCUGGCUCUGGCGCAGGUUCAGGCUCAAGCGUAGGUUCAGGCUCCGGCUCAGGUUCAGGCUCAGGUUCAGGUUCAGGUUCAGGUUCUGGCUCCGGUUCUAGUUCAGCCGCUGCCUCAGCCUCAGCCGCUGCUUUUGCGGCUUCUUCUGCCGCCUUUGCAGCAGCCUCUCUAGCCUCUUUUUGUUUCUUUUUCUUUUCUUUCUUGGACAGACCCGCGUACGGGUCUACCUCUAGCUUAGGCUCUGGUUCCGGUUCCGGCUCCGGUUCUGGAUCUUCUACCACUCCCUUCUUCUUCUUUUUCUCCUUGGUUCCCGCCAAGGCCCAGAUGUCGUCUGUUUCCUCUGACUCCGGGCCCUUGGAGAGCUCAUCGACAGCUGUAUCUUUCUUGGUCCCCCAAGCGUCCCAAGCAUCCGAUGUAGCCCCGGCAGAGUCGUCGACGAUACCCUUCUUCUUCUUCUUGUCCUUUUUCCCCGUACCGGCGGUAAGGCCUUCCCAGAUGUCCUCGGGCUUCUUCGUUUCGGUACCUGUAAGAUGGUCAACGGGGUCAUUGUUCGCCGUCGAAGUAGCGGAUUUGCCAAGGUCGCCAAAGUCGAAGCGGGAUUUAGACGCUUUCGUUGUCUCCUUCUUACCACCAACUCCGGUUGUCCAGGGAUUCGUAGAAGUAUGAGCAAUCUCAUUAUCAGCCUUAUUCUCGUCCGUCCCGUUCGUCGUCGCCGUAGUAUCGUCGAGUGAGCCUAGACCCCAUUUGUUGCUGCUCCCGGUGUUCCAGGAACCACCCCAUCCUCCAAA